AUGGCGAACCUCAACAUUAGCUCGAAAUAUACCAUGAACUCGGGAUAUGAGAUCCCGGCUCUUGGAUAUGGAGUCUACAAAACCCCUGCCGCUGAGGCUGAAGAAGUUACCGACCAUGCUAUCGGAGUCGGUUAUCGUCAUGUUGAUUCUGCAGUCGCAUACCGCAACGAAGGUCCAACCGCGAUAGGAAUGUUAAAGUCGAAGGUUCCUAGAGAACAGCUCUUCUUUACCUCGAAAGUGCCGCCUAAGGACUUGAGCUACAAGACAACAAAGGCAUGCAUCGACGAGACUUUGGUCGAGACGGGGUUGAGCUAUGUCGACCUCUACCUCAUCCACUCGCCGUAUGGAGGGAAAGAGGCAAGGUUGGGUGCUUGGCGAGCGCUCGUGGAAGCUGUUGAGGCUGGGAAAGUGCGCUCGAUCGGCGUCUCUAAUUACGGAGUUCACCAUCUCGAGGAGCUGGAUGAGUACAUCAGACAGACCGAGGCCGCAGAAGGAAAAGGCAAGGGCGGUGUGUUGAGUGUCAACCAAGUCGAACUCCAUCCGUGGCUCGCGCGACCGGAUAUUGUUGAGUGGUGCAAGAAACGAGGGGUGAUAAUGGAGGCAUACUCACCCGUAGUCCGUAUGGAGAGGGAGAAAGAGCCAGUCCUUAUUCAGCUGGCUAAGAAACACGGGAAGACACCGGCACAGAUCUUACUUCGAUGGAGUCUCCAGAUGGGGUUCGUGCCACUCCCGAAGUCGGUAACGAAGUCUCGAAUUGAGGAAAAUAUUAAGUUGUAUGACUUCCAGUUGUCUGCGGAAGACAUGGAGUCACUGGACACGGGAGAAUAUUCGCCCUGCGCAUGGGAUCCAACGGUAUCGAAAGACUAA